ACACGUUGAGCAGAAGGUGGCGAUAAUGCGCCUCUGAGCUGGAUACCAACUGUUGUAAAACAAGUAGAAGAAGAACCACCAAAGAGGAAGAAGAAGACAACAUGGCGUUUAGUUUUGGCGGCGCCACGGGUAACCCAGCGGCAAGCACGACCGGGUUUGCAUUCGGUUCAUUUGGUGCCAAACCUACAGCAUCAACAGCAGCAUUUGGCUUUGGCUCCGCAGCCACCACCACCACCGCCUCAUCCGGAUUCGGCACACUUACAGCCCCUGGUUUUGGGGCAGCCACCACCACUGCUGCUGCACCAGCCACAGGAUUUAGUUUUGGCUCCACCAACACUGGUACAUUUGGUGGCUUUGGGGCAACGACAACAACUGCCGCUGCACCAGGGUCCACUUUUAGCUUUGCAGCUCCCGCCAACACCGCAGGAGGCCUGUUUGGUAACACACAGAACAAAGGUUUUGGGUUCUCCUCUGGGCUUGGCGUUGGGACCGCUGCUGGGACAACAGGAUUUGGAAAUGUAUUGGGAACAUCCACCCUUGGUGGGUUUGGAGGCUUUAAUAUCCAGCCAGCUCAGCAGCAGCCAGGAGGCUUGUUCGGCCAGCCGGCCCAGCAACAGGGUCAGGCUCAGCCCACCCAGCUCUACCAGCAGGUCACUGCUCUGUCAGCUCCCACCUUGUUAGGUGAUGAACGUGACUCCAUCUUAGCCAAAUGGAACCAAUUGCAGGCUUACUGGGGCACUGGGAAGGGCUACUACAGCAACAACAACCAACCUGUCGACUUCACCCAGGAGAACCCAUUCUGCAGGUUCAAGGCGGUGGGCUAUAGCUGCGUCCCUGUGAGUAAGGAUGAGGAUGGUUUUGUGGUCUUGCUUCUCAAUAAAAAGGAAGCUGAUGUGCGAGUUCAGCAACAGCAUCUGGUGGAGACGCUCCACAAGUUCCUGGGAAACAACCAGUCGCUCACUGUCAAUGUAGACGGAGUCAAAGCCCUGCUCAAUGACCAGACAGAGGUGAUAAUUUACGUGGUGGAGCGUUCUCCAAAUGGCACCUCCAAGCGGAUCCCCGCCACCACGCUCUUCAGUUAUUUGGAGCAGGCCAACAUCAAGGUCCAGCUCGCACAGAUUGGAGUGGCCAUGUCGGUGACGCGCACAGAGCUGUCUCCAGCACAGCUAAAACAGCUGCUGCAAAAUGCACCUGCAGGAGUGGAUCCCAUCAUUUGGGAGCAGGCUAAGGUGGACAACCCUGAACCAGAGAAAUUAAUACCAGUGCCCAUGGUUGGUUUUAAGGAGCUGCUUCGCAGGCUGCAAAUCCAGGAGCAGAUGACCAAACAGCACCAGACCAGAGUGGAUAUUAUUUCCAGUGACAUCAGUGAACUGCAGAAGAACCAGGCGACCACAGUGGCCAAGAUUUCCCAGUACAAGAGGAAGCUGAUGGAUCUCUCUCACAGGGUGCUGCAGGUGCUGAUCAAACAAGAGAUUCAGAGGAAAAGUGGUUAUGCUAUCCAAGUGGACGAGGAGCACCUCAGGGUGCAGCUGGACACCAUUCAGUCUGAACUUAAUGCCCCCACACAGUUCAAGGGUCGGUUGAAUGAAUUAAUGUCUCAAAUCCGGAUGCAGAAUCACUUUGGAGCUGUGAGAUCAGAAGAGCGAUACAGUGUUGAUGCAGACCUCCUCAGGGAGAUCAAACAACACUUGAAACAGCAGCAGGACGGCUUAAGUCAUUUGAUCAGCGUCAUCAAAGAUGACUUGGAAGACAUCAAACUCGUAGAGCACGGGCUGAGUGACAGUGGACACAUGAGAGGAAGCAUCCUGAGCUGAGUCUACCCUACCAACACACUCAUACAUGUGCUCUGACUCGCAAUAUCAAUCCUCUGAGAAUUAGCCUGCCUGUCUCCCAGACGAGUCCACUUGUCCUCUUUGUCAUGGUAUCAAGCUUAAUCGUAAAGGGUUGAUCAUAAGAGGGCAUCUGAAUUUGGAGCAAUUACUCUGUUGAUCAUCUGUAUGCCCCACUAUCUGUACCAACAAAACAAUGAGUGGUUAAUCAGUGCUUAAUGGAAAGACUCGACAUCGUCUAAGAAUAGCUGGCUAAAGCAGAUUAUGCAUAUGAGACUAUGAUUGUGCCUGGCAUGUAAACAAACCGUGGGAUUGAGUGCGUGUUGGGAUUGAAUACAUUGUAUAUACAUCUUUGUAUUUCGUUUUUAUGCUGUUAGAAUGUUAAUAAAUUUCAUUUAAAUUAAAAA